AUGGAUGAAAACACUGUUACUUUCUUAAACAAUCUUGAUUGGAGAUCCAAGCUGUUUACCAUCAAGGUCAAGGUGUUAAGACUUUGGAUUCGUGUGAAUCCAAAGAGAGAAGGAGAAACCCUUGGUAUUGAAAUGGUGGUCAUGGAUGAGCAGGGUACCAGGAUGCAGUGUGAGAACUUUGAUGGAAGUGUAUAUGGUAUUCGGUUAGCAUCAUUUGAGUCCAUUAAAGCCGGUGAAGUCGAUGUCAAGUAUCGAGUUGAUUAUAUUGGAUAUGUAGAUGAGUGGUCUGAACCAGAAAUGACCAAAACGAAGAUGGGAAAAGAUAGCAAAUUCAUGAACUUGCAAUUGCUGGAUGAAGAGGGUAUCAAGUUAAACUGCACUUUAUGGGAUGAGUACUGCGAUGAGAUGUUUGGUUACAUUCAGAGCCAUAAAGAAGUUCAUGUUGUUCUGCUUGUGCAGUUUGGUAGUUUCAACAAGUAUAAAGGGAAGACAACGCUAUCUAAUGCUUUCCAUAUAACAAGGCUAUUUAUCAAUGCUGACAUAGAGGAGAUUCGUUCAUUCAGAACCAAGUUUGUUGAGAAGAUAUGUAAAACAUCCUCUGAUGGUCAGAAAUCAAUUGGUUCAUCUGGAAGCACAAGUGUUGCGGAUGAUUUUUUAGUGAAGCAUCCUUUUUCCAAUUUCCGUGAUAUUACGCUCUUGGAUAAGCCUUGUGAGGUCAUAGUUCUUGGUACGAUCAUGGGUGUGGAUGAUAAAGAUGAUUGGUACUACCUUGGUUGUGAGGAGUGCAAUCGGAAGGUGGAGACAACUUUGGUCAUUGAGGAGGCUGAAGACGGUGCUGAGGAACUGAAGUUUAAACAGGAUUCGAUUAGAGUACAAGAUUAUGCAGCUAUUGCCUCUUUGACUUUGUUUGACCGUGAAGCUAGAAAAAUGUUGGUAAUGACUGCAAUUCAAUUGCUUGAGAAGUCAAGAGUGGAUCAGGCAUCUUUGGAAGAGAAAACCAUUCCCUAUCAGUUUAGAGCAUUGAAUGAUAAAAUUAUGCUUUCAAGAUUCAAGUUGGUCAAAUUAAUAUUGACAACCAUAUUGAUGUUGUCACAGCUGCUGAUGUUUCACUUAGUGAUUUAUCAACUCAAAACCCUUUUUGCUCUAAAGGAUGCUGUGGAUUCUAUUGGUGAUAGCUUCACACCCGAUUGCACAUCUAAAGAUUGUUCUAAGACUUCGUCUGCGGAAUUGAAGCGUAACCUUGCUGACGUGUAUGAAGUUGAAGAAAGCACCUCUCUAUCAUCAACAAAGGUUAAAAAGGCUGAUGUCUCGGAUGUCCAAAUUGAUGAGGAAACGAUUCUGCUGUAUAUGCCUAAACUUGCAAAGCCUCAAACUUUACCUUCAUUUCCACUUCCUACUGGUGUUCAACCUUCCAAUAGUAGUGUUGGUAGAAGUCCUUUGUCUAACAUUACGAAUGUUGAUCCUAAUCAAGUUGAGCAUCAAGACUAUGUUGAACGUAGAAAGUUAAGGAAACUGUAUUUGGAUAAUAAAAGAAAAAAUGCAAAUAAUAAAUCUUCCACUUCACAAAACGUCAUUCGUUCAUCCAACGUUUCAGUAUCCGAUACAAAUGAUUGCCGUGUCGUAACACCAAUUCAUUCAUCCUCUUAUAACAAUACGAUGGAUGGGCUUGCUUAUAAUGAUGUUGAGCAUCAAAAAUCAGCUGAACGAAGAAAAUCAAAGAAAGUACAUUUGGAUAAUAAGAGACAUAAUGUGACUAACAAAUUUUCCACUUCACAAAACGUAAUUCGGUCAUCCAAUGUUUCAGUACCCGAUACAAAUGAUUGCCGUGUCGUAACACCAAUUCUUGUAACUGGAAGAAGUCCAUUGGCUAAUAUUACAAACGUUGCUUCUAAUGAUCUUGAGCAUCAACAAUCAGCUGAACGAAGAAAAUAUAGGAAAUUACAUUUGGAAAAUAAGAGACAUAAUGUGAGUAACAAAUCUUCCACUUCAAAAAUCGUUACUCGGUCAUUCAAUGUUUCAGUAUCCAAUACAAAUGAAUGCCGGAUUGUAACACCAAUGAGUUCAUCGUCUUAUAUCCAUACCAUCGAUCCACGUUGUUUACCAACCACACCUAUAACAAGUCCGUCUGAAGCAUCUACUUCAGGUGUCAAGAGGAUACAAAGAGGUAAACAAAGGUUGUCUACUAAAGGUCGCUGCGUAUAUCCUGUUCCAAUGGUUGAUUUAUCUUCCGUCGAUCAUAUUAUUCCUAAAAAAAUUGUUGAAGAUCCAUAUAAAGGCGUUUCUAACAAUUAUUUGGAUCAUGGUGAUCAAGUAGUUGUAUGUGACGUAUGUAACGCUAAGUUGUGGAAAGUUGAAGCCGGAAAAGGAAGGGUUUACUUAGGAAGAAAAUCUUACAUGCUUUGUUGUGGUUAUGGAAAUGUACAUCUUCCUAAUUUUAAAGAGACGCGUCAGGAAUAUCAAAAUCUUUUCAAGAGUUUAGACGACAAGAGCAAGCAUUUCUUACUAAAUAUUCGUCGUUUUAAUUCUAUGUUUUCGUUCACUUCAAUGGGUGGUAAAGUUGAUUCGAAAAUCAAUAGAGGAAAUUCUCCAUAUGUAUACCGAAUUAGUGGCGAGAAUUAUCAUACACUGGGAACUCUUCUUCCUAACGAAGGUGGUGAACCAAAGUUUGCACAGCUUUACAUAUACAACACAGAUAAUGAAUUCUGUAAUCGCAAAACCGUAUUUAGUAACUCAAAGAAACCAGCUUCUGCAACUUCUGAUUUGCUUGACACUGAACUAAUAGAGUACCUUAAGCUGAUUUUAGAUUCAAAUAAUCAGCUUGUGAAAACCUAUAGGCAUGUACGAGAUCAGUUUGUUGAUAAUCCUCACGCUAACUUAAAAUUACGGCUUAAGGCAAAUAGGUCUAAAGAUGGUCGUACAUACAACCUACCGACAUCGUCCGAAGUUGCUUCGCUUAUUAGGGUUGUUGAGUCAAAGAAAGAUGGUCUACAACGUAUUAGCGAGCUUCAUCCAUCGUAUCUCGCGCUUCAGUAUCCAUUGCUUUUCCCUUUUGGUGAAGAUGGUUACUGGGUUGAUAUUCUUCAUAGAGAAGGAAGGGCAUCAACGAAGAAGAAAGAGUCAAAAUAUACAAUGAGAGAGUAUUUUGCUUACCAUGUUCAAGAUAGAGUCAGUCAUUUCUCUUUGAUUCUCAAUGCUCGAAGACUUUUGCAACAGUUCUUGGUUGACGUGUAUACGAUGAUUGAAAGUGAACGAUUACUAUUCAUACGUCUGCAGCAAAAUAAUCUGAGAUCUAAGACAUAUGAGAACCUUAGAAAGCUUGGACAAAAUGGUAAUCCAGAUAUGUCAAACGUUGGCACACGCGUACUACUACCGUCUUCGUUUACCGGUGGAUCGCGUUAUAUGAGGGAGAAUUAUUAUGAUGCGAUGGCCAUUUGUAAAUGGUUUGGCUACCCUGAUUUUUUCAUUAGGAUCACGUGUAAUCCGAAAUGGCCGGAGAUUAAAAGAUUUCUGAAGAACACGAACAUUAAUCCCGAGGAUAGACCGGACAUUUUAUGCCGAUUGGUCAAAAUUAAGCUUGACGCAAUCAUGAAAGACUUGCGAGAGAAAUCUUUAUUCGGCAACGCAUCGGCAGUUGUCUAUACCAUAGAGUUUCAGAAACGAGGUCUACCGCAUGCCCAUAUAUGUCUGUUCUUAAACGACGAAAGCAAGCUUCCUUCGGUUGAGCAUGUUGACAACUUUAUUUCUGCCGAGAUACCAGACAACAACAUAGAUCCAGAUCUAUAUACUCUUGUCAGCGACUAUAUGAUUCACGGACCUUGUGGUGUUGCAAAACCAAAUUGUCCGUGUAUGGUCGACGGUAACUGUUCAAAGAAUUUUCCUAAGAAGUUCUGUGAUCAGACUACUCUAGAUUUGAAUGGUUAUCCUGUCUAUAGACGUGCCGAUUCAGGUUUUUUUGUUGAGAAAUCUGGUAUUCAGCUUGAUAACAGAAGCGUGGUUCCGUAUAGCAAAACCCUAUUGAGACGUUAUCAAGCACACAUUAACGUCGAAUGGUGUAACCAGGUGAAGGGGUAA